CCCAGGAGAUUAAUUCUUACAUCCAUCCCGUCAAUUCUCUCGGCAGGAACGGCGAUAGGAAGCAUUGGUAGAACAGGCUGAUCGGCUUGUAUCUAAAGCUGCGGUGUUAAAAGACCCUGCACGCCCUCUGUCUGUUUACUAUCUUUCAAGCUGCGCCGGCCGCCUCUCACCACAUGCCACCCAAGCGCAAAUCCGAAGGAACCACGACUGCAGACGACAGUGCCAACACACCCUCCAAGCGUGUUCGCAGUACUGCCUCCAAAACUAUGGCUUCAGACAAAGCGGUCUCCUCGAUCGAUGACAACCCCCAGACUGGCGAAAAGCGAAAGCGCGGUCGUCCACGCAAGACAGCAGAGGAAUCGACCCCUAAGACAUCCGAUGAACCUAAGCGCGGACGAGGACGUCCUCGAAAGGUUCUUUCCGAAGCAGACCUUGCGGCGGCAACUGCAGCUGCAGCUUCGCCCGCUUUGAAGAGAGGUCGUGGACGCCCCCGCAAAGAGCCAGGCACGACGACAGCCACGCCUUCUACUACACCCAAGAGGAAGGAUGGUCGUGGCCGUCCCCGCAAGGAGCCUGGUACGGCAACAGCUACCCCGUCAACAGCACCUCCAAAGGAUGGUCGCGGACGUCCCCGUAAGGUGCCUGCCUCUGCACCCACGAGCCCAGCCGCCAAUCCGAACAAGAAAGAUGGCCGCGGACGACCGCGCAAGAGUCUGCCGGUCAAUGGCGCUGCAAGUGUGGUCGAAGCCAAGAACGAGGAGCCUAUCGCCGAGGAGAAGCCUAAGACAUUCCCUGAAUCUACAGCUGAUAACGCAGCCUUGAACGACACUAGUCGUUCGUACUGGCUGAUGAAGGCGGAGCCGGAGUCGCGCAUGGAGAAAGGAGUUGAUGUCAAAUUCUCUAUUGAUGAUCUGGCUGCUGCGGAGGAGCCCGAACCCUGGGAUGGAGUUCGCAACGCUGUUGCACGGAACAUUAUGAAGGAGAUGAAGCAGGGAGAUUAUGCAUUCUUCUACCACUCUAAUUGCAAGAUCCCGGGAGUGGUUGGUGUCAUGGAAAUCGUGAAGGAACACUCGGUAGAUGAAUCCGCAUUCAAUCCCAAGCAUCCUUAUUACGAUCCCAAGUCCAGUCGCGAUGCCCCCAAGUGGGUUGUGGUGCAUGUCGAGUUCCGCCGCAAGUUCGACAAGCAAGUAACGUUGAGCGACCUCAAGGCCCAUGCCCAGCCUGGAAAGGGCCUCGAGAACCUUCAGACUCUCAAGCAAUCAAGGCUCAGUGUAUCAUCGGUGACUCCUGCUCAGUGGAAGUACAUUCUCGAACUAGCCGGCGAGGAUACACAAGCGUAUGCUUAAGCGUCCCGAUUAAGGCACCGACAACGAGACAACUACCAAUAUGACCGGGUCUAUUUGACUUUUACGUUUCUUUAGUACCCUCAGAAGAGGAGGCGCUGCGGGUGAAAUUUAAAGGCAUCAGCACCAAUUCGGUUACUUUACUGGGCUUGGACGAUUUUCUUUCCUUUUCCGUCGUAGUGUAGGCUUAGCCGCCCCCCCCAUCUUUGCUCGCCCCCGAUCCGCUGUGACGUGCAGAUGAUCUAAAUCAACUCGUAACUGAC